GCGCAUGUGUGUCCACCUUGCCUCCGUCCUUGUCUAUUGUGUGCACUACAAAUUUCGUGAUGGAUACUUACCAGCUCACCCAACUAUCAGUUCAACUUAGGAAUGGUGGUCAGAGUAAACAAUAGGUAAUCUGCAACAGAAAGAACUCGGGCAUGUUAUGCAAAGUAUAAUAUUAGUGUGUAUUUGGGGUGGGUGCAGCGCUAAGAACGUGGACAAAGGUUAAGGCACAUUGAAAAACGACCUGGUGCAACAUGGCACGCAAUAUGUACAAAGAAGUAGACAAUGUCUACACUUUAAUAUUUUAUUUUGUCACGAAAUGAAUUUUGUCUUGUUCUUGCCUCCCCUUCUCUGUCUCAGUGACACAGUGCACCAUUGCAGAGAGCCAUUGCCGAUCAUGGCUGGCCCACAAAAGAUGCCAGGAUAACUGAAAGGAGAACCUUUCUCUCUGCUAACUGCGACUGCUUGUUCUUAGGGUGCAUUUGACUAAUCGCUUUUGAGCACUCUAGUGUGCUCUGGUGGCACGUUUCACAUCUGGCGAGUCUUAAUCGAGUCCUUGGAAUGCAUUCACCUGGUUCAUUUGGAGCACGGCACUCCAGCUCAGAGGGCUUGGACAUACCCUCACUUUUGGCCCUCGGAGCGUGACAGAAAUCCAAAGGGAGAUCCAGUCACCUGGCUGGUGCAACUGCCUUUAUGGUUGUGCGUUCGUCCGGGGAGCACAAACAAAGGGUUCAGCUGACCGUGUCCCUCCAGGGGAUCAAGAUUCGUGAUGACAAGACUGGGGAGCUGGUGUUCCACCACCCAGUGCACCGCAUUUCGUUCAUCUCGCAAGACGCCAAUGAUGCCCGGGCCUUUGGCUAUGUCUGCAUGACGCAAGAUGGCAGCCACCGCUUUAUUGGCAUCAAGACCGAGAAGGCAGCGUCCCAGCUGGUGGUGGCGCUGCGUGACCUCUUCCAGGUGGUGCUGGAGAUGAAGCAGCACGAGCUGCGCCAGGCGCAGCUUGAGCAGCGGCAGCAGCUGCAGGAAUGGAAGCCCCCUACGGACUUCUCCAAUCGCGGGGAGGCACAGGAGGUGAUCUGCAGCCCACAGGCUGAGAGCUGUGGCGAGCCCGCCUCCUCUGCGGACAGCAAGACUCCCACGGUGGACGACCUUCUCGACUUGCAGUCCGAGCUGGACUCUUUGCAGGAGGGGAUCCAGCAGAUGGAGACGACGAUAGCCGCCGCGGCCACGCUGGUAUCUACCGACCCGUUCGACACAUCCUUCAUUGUCGACCCCAGGCAGCAUCAUCAUCAUCAUCAUCCCGGCUCCCGUGCCUUCCUCUCCGAGCCAGCAACACCCGUGGGGCCACCUCCGCCUCUGUUGCCACCGCCGCCUCCGACUGCGCGCACCUCACAGUCCACCGCCUUCGCAGGGACAGCGCAGCAGCAGCACCGCGCCGUGCUGCCGCCGCGGACCCUGCCAUUUGGCACCGCACCCCAGGUGACGGCCUCCCUGCCUCCGACUCCGCUGCCCGACCUGUUCGCUGACCUGGACCCCUUGUCCGAAGGCAGUGGGAAGAACAGCAGACAUCGCCAUAGCGCCUUUGGAGAGCUCAAGAGCCCCCUGGGCCCCUUGGCCGAAGAUGGUGGCAGCAGGCACCACUCCACUUUCAAUGAACUCCAGAGCCCACUUGACUCUUUCGCCGAAGGGGUUGGCAAACACCAAUACACCAGCAUUGGUGAGCUGAAGAGCCCGCUGAACUCCUCGUCCGAGGGUUUCGGCAAGCUCAACAGCACAAGCAUCAGUAGUCCCUUGGACCCCUUUUCCGAUGUUAGCGGCAAACCCGACCUCGUCGCCUUCGGAGGGAGCCCCUUUGAGUCCCUGGUUGAUGGUGUUGGCAAGCCCAGAACCAACACUGGUGAACUGAAGAGCCCCCUGAGCCCCUUGUCCAAAAGUCUUGGCAGGAACCACAAGGCCUUCGGCGAGCUCCGAAGCCCUCCCAGGAAGCCGCCUGUACCACUGAGCAGUGCGGUCAGCGGCUGGCAGACGUUCGAGGAGGAGGAAGAAGACGAGGGUCCUCCUCCACCGGCCUUCCCGCCCCCGCCUCCGCCACUAGCAGUUCCACCACCGGAUGAAGGCUUCUGCAGCGGCAGCAAUGCGUCCUCCGUGUCACCGUCCCGGCCUGCCACGGUGGCCACGUCCUCCUCCUCGUCGGGCAGCAGCAACAUCUUCAGCCGUUGUGGAGCGCAGGACCCUUUUGCGGAUGAGUUCUUUGCUGGGCCUUCUGCCUCUGGCAGCCAGGACUUCUCGGCCAAUGCAAGCCAAGGCAGGCCAGCCCUGCUGCCCGGUCUUUCGAGCAGCUCACCAUGGCCCGUGUCACCGCAGACAGCGUUCUUUGGCCGCUGACCCGUUGGGUCAACCAUUGGUUCAACCUGUAAAUUGUGCGCAGACGACGACCUCGUCCGACUGCAUCCCGCAGCUUCAAGCGCCAAAAUGAUGCCUCAUUACCUUUCUACCAGAGGAAACCUAACUUCUCCGCUCAUCAUCAGCCCUCAGAACUGUUUUUCUAGACUAGGAUAGAAAAUAGGGGGAGACCCUGCCCGGCUCUGCUCUUCAAAUGUUGCAAACUCGGGCCUCCCGUGGUUGUGUUUGCAUGAUGUGCAGGGAAAAAACCUGUGGUGUUGCUGAAGUUUGGUUCAAAAAGAGGAGAGGGGCCUUGUUACUGCUUGCUUAAGGCGUUUGUCAUCCCGAACGGUUCCUGGUGCUCUCCCUCGGUAUUUGCGUCCCAAAGUUUUGUUUUCUGUGUGAACGCUUUGAUCAUAGAGAAAGUGAGGGCCACGUGCAAGCGAGUUGCCAUGUGCAAAAUCAAAUGCUCACAACACACUGCUCUUCGUUAUGCUGCUGUGCCUGCAUCAGAAGAUUGGUGGACCUAGGCCAAAUGUAAAUCACUAUUUUGUACACCGUUCACACAAAACUUUGGCUGCAGCAGCAGCAAAUGCAGCAGUGUGUUUUCAGGAGACCUUGAUGGCUUCUGGCCAUUUGUCGAAACGAGAGAGAGAGUUUAUAAGUAUGUUGAAUUUGUGUUUUGUUUCUGUUUUGGUCGUCAGAAUGUAUUGUUUUUGAGUCGUCUGCCGUUGCAGCGGGUAAAACAGAUCCUGCUGUUCAAUGGUCAUGUAAUAACAACCGAGUCGUCACCCUGUAUGCCUUCCAGCUUAGCAUGUGCUCGUUGGAAAUGUUUGCGAGUCACAAAUUUCGCCCUGAGCUACCGAAAUGAAACUCGCUCACAUUAACGGUGGUCAUAAUUUUGAAUGACUCCCACACGUUGUAUGCCAAUUGUCGUCCUGGCCCAGCCCAUUUGUUGGUGUGCCACCGUUCACACGCUGGCUGGUUUAAUGUACAGCGCCAAGAAUGAUUUUGAAAUGUAUCGCACAGGAAUCGCCAUCGUGUUGCCAGCUUCUCACGGGGGCCUGAUUUUUGUUUUUGGCAGUGUUAUUGUUUCCUAUAAGCUCUCGUUCGUUGCUUGAAGGGGGCAUCGCAAUGUGCUGAAGCUUUACUAUGUGUUACGGGCUGCAUUUGCUGGCCGAAUUCCAGUUGCAACACAAUUGCAGCGCUUUUGUUACUUCUGGGCUUACAAGUAAGAAUGACAAGUGUGUUUUGUGUGUGUUUUGUUGACAUUUGCCACCUUUGAGUGGCUUUGUAGUUUAUAUAUGUGGUUUGGAGCAGCAGUAGCAGCUUGCUUUUGCUUGCGAGAUCUGAGAGCAAGGGAGCACAAAGUGCACCAGAUGUGUAAUGGAUAUUUACCAUGCGUACUGGAUAUGCAUCCAAUACUGGUACCAAGCAUGCCAGAUGCGUUUGCAUGUCACAAGGCAGAGAUGGCAUGUUUGUGCACUAAACUGUGCUGGAAACAUGCAAUUGACACGAUUGCAGAGUUUAUAUACAAUAUUUACCUACUGCUUUUCUGAAUCUCAGUAGAUACUAUGGGAAUGGUGUGUGUACGCGUGUGUGUAGGCAGUAGGUAACAUUGGUCAGGCACUGUGAAAAUAAAACUUGAGCAAGGGGGCAUUGAGAUGCCUGAGCUGUUCAAUUUUCUAUGCCAUCUUGUGCUACGAGUUCACAAAAUUUUGUCUUCUUAUGGGACCUUCCAUGAAGCCUUUUGUCCACUUGACAUUGUGUGUGCAUACUACUGCAAACUCCUACCAGUAUCAACUCUGGGAGAAAGAAUGAAGCCUGUGCGUUAUACACAUACAAAUAGAUGUCCACAUAAGUCAAUGUGGAAUUUUCUUUUUCUUCAUUUGACGCAUGUUUUCUGAGAAAAGGCAUCCAAACAUUACAGUAAACAAAAUAUACCAUUAAAUGUCGCUUCUUUCUAAAAUUUGAGUGUAGCCAAGCCAGUAGUUUAGCCAGUACAGCAGCCUACCCCUGUCGUUCUCAUUUGUGCAAUAUUCGGUACAAACUGGAUCCAUGCUUUAGCCUUGAACUUGCAUGCUGUCAGUGUAGGUAGUUGGUGUGAAAAUACAGUACAUGGCCGUGUUGCCGUAUGUCUUUAGAUGCCAUUCUUCUAAGAAAGGAUGUUUUUAUACCAGAUCUUCACUCAUGCAAAGUGCAUUUUUGAUGUCAAACACUGCUGCAUUAUGGAAAAUUCUGCGGUGCAACCGCAGCAGUGUUUUCCACAAUUGUCGCUUUUUCUGAAAUAGUCCUGCAAGCCUUCUGUAGAGUUGACAGCAAAACUUUAUGGACCACAUGAACAUGUGCCAAAGUGCAUCUUCGUGUCUUGUAUCACUGUGGCAUUGACUGUAGUGAGCAGUUAGUGCGAAUGCCUGCUUUGCGAUUGCAGGCAAGCCUCUCGACAGCAUCUGCCAUGGUGGUAGAGGGUACGGAGAUGCAUUUUGUCAUGCGCUCGAAUGUUCUGUAAACCUUUGCCACCAACUGUACAAAGUUGCACGCAGUGUGGUGGCAUGGCAUAUGCAAUGCCUGCUGUACACAAUGUUAUUUGUGGUGCACACUUCAUCUUCAUCAAAGAGGGCGUGCCAGCACUUGCUGUGUUGCACCGCUUCUGUGUUGCACGACUUCAAGCAGUUAGGCAAAGCUCUGUCGUCAGCAUCGCAUGGACAUCAUCCUCAAACGUUUCUUUUUCCCCUAGAUUGCAAUGCAUCACCUGUCUUGGCUUUCUUUUGACAAAGAGCCUAGUCACACUGUGACAGUGAUCGAUGCAGUGUAAAGGUUUUUUUUUACGAUCUGUUAAACGGGGCGAGGGGGGAGCACUGCGAGAUGUGCAAGUACCAAUGUUGCCAACACCAAAACACCACGAAGCUAUCCAAGACCUGUUCGUCAAUAACCAUUUGCCCAGGCUUUCUGGGAGUAGACGUUUUAGCCAAGCACAGUGCCUGCAUGUGUUUGCCUCCUCUGUGGGCACACGUAGGAGUGAAGUCCUUUCAAACUUGUGCAGAGUUAGUGCGUCCAGCGUAGUCUAUGAAAGAAAGGUCGUUGAGUCAGUUAUCUCAGAUCGCGGCUUUGUAGCGAAGGUCUAGAGAAGCAACACAGGGACCAGGCAAAGCGUUGACACGAUUUCAGUAUGUUGAUGCACUUUUGAUGUGCCUGAUUGAACUUCUUGAGUGUGUACUGCUAUCGUGAUUAUCAAAUGAAACCGGUUACACGUUGGUUAUGCUCAGUGCCACACUCGUCGCUCUUUUGGAACUUGCUGCAGGAAUAUCGAAAAUAUAUCCAGGGUAUUGCCGUUACUUUGAAGCACAAGUACUGAGUGCUGCACAAAUAAUAAAAGCCAGGUAUGCGUUACUUUUCUAGAUAAUCCACUGCCUGAUUUUUACUCUAGUUUUGCUCAGACGUAGUACUACAGACGUAGUUCGACCCACUUCAAAGUGGGUCGAGUUCCAUGCCACAUUUGUGAGCGUUACUUGCCUCUUUCAUUCACAAUACAGAUGAAGUGCGUGUCACCUGAGGUGAUGCCACUUGGAAAAUGUUGAUUUUGUGGCAAUGGAAUGAUGGCACCAUCUGUCAGCGCUGCUGCAGAAGGCACGUCCCACGAUAGCAAUGACAGGUAGCACCACAAUUCUGUUUUUAGCAAAACCAUCAUUUUUUUCUUUAGUGGCAUCACUGCAGACAACGUGCACUUCUACUUUGUUGGAAAACAAAAUAGGCAUGGAAUGCCUGCCAAUGUGUUACGAAACUGAACCCACUUUUCGAAAUUCUGCACCUGUCUGAAAUUUGAAUGAAAAUCAGCCAGCAGUUUAUCUGGAAAGGGUCAUGCAUGCCUAGCAGUUUUACUUGUGCAAUGCUUGGUGCAUUAUCAGAAAUACUCGACAUGUACAAUUACCACAAGGUGUACAGCCUUUAUUUUUGUGUCUGUUCGGAAUGAAAAUUUGUACAAAGUACUCAAAGGUUGUCGCACAGGUUUGAUUUAUCGCCGAGAGUGACAUUUCUUGGCGGUGGAGUUAAAAGAUUAAAAGUGAUUGUUGCUGUCUUGGCACGCUUGUUAAUACAUAGUGCUAGGCACUUCUUUGCCAGUCCUUGUGUGACGCACCUCUGCAGCCAUGCUUUAGAACCACUUAGGUGAGCUUGCGGCCUCUUGCAUGCAUAUUGUCUCGUUCGGACACCCAUGUUGAGGCAUACCUUGUCCGUGCAUAGGCGUUGUGUAUAGUAGUGUUCAGAGUGGCGCCCUCUAAUGGAAGGAAAGGCAAUGUGGGAUGGCAUGCCAUGUGCAUUCGUAGCGUUUGUGGCAUGUUUGUCACAUGGACAACUGCACCUAGCUGAGUUCCACCUGUGGCGAAAGUUGUAUGUCGCAUUUUUUGUGCCCAUGAACCUCAAGUCAGUGCAAUACUUGUGUCACCAGAUUGAGUUUGGUGAUGUUUGUUGAGCUGCGUGGAAACGCUGAAUGGUGUAAGAGGCCGGGUAGGAAGUGUCAGUAAGCAUUUUGUUUCGGUUAAUUGCAGAACCAGAGCAAACUAGAGCCAGUGUAUUAUAACGAGCUCCUUCUGCUCACUUCUGGUCUCGUUUUGUGGUGCUGGCUGUUCAAGCCUGGUGGAGGUGGCUGCACCCAGAUUCUCCAGCCAAUGACAAAGGGCAGAAACAGAUUAAAAUGACACUGGAAUAUGACUUAUCUUGUCUCAAUAAACUAUCUCAAGUAAAAAGAACAUUUGUUUUCAGAGGUACAUUUUUUGAAAGCAGACGUUUGUAAUGUUGGAGCAUUACUUGUAUUAGCUGUUGGGUACAUAAUGGAGCCAGGAAGAAACCCAUUCACAAAGUUUGUAUGAGAUUAGGAAUUGCAGGGCCUGCUGUGUUUGCUUCAUGUGAUGAAAAGUCUGAAAUAAUGCUACGAAGUUUUAGCUGCGCAUUGUUAGUUGGUUAUAGACAUGUUGUUGCACAGCAAAUGUUUCUUGUCUAGAGGUUAAUUUUGGGGUGAUUGAUGUGCUAUUGUGCAGUUCUGAUGCUUUUCUUACAAUUCGUGCCUGUACAUCAAUUCCACGCAAUGUGGGAAAGCUAUGGUUUGCAUUAGCCAAUCAAGAUUGAGAACAAAAAACAGUGGUUCAUCUGUUGUCUGUCACUAAACCUUUCAUGCAGAUGCCGGUUGAAUGAAAGGAUUACUGAAGAAUUGAUGUUCAUAGGCAAUUCCUCCUUUCAGAGAUGUGCACCUUGUUUUCCGAUUGGCCGGCGCCUGUGUAGCUUCAAUGCACUGCGUGGAGUUGAGGUGGAGUACAUGUAGUGCAUGUUACGACCUGUGACCAAUGCUCCCUUGGUUGACUUUUGUUUGAUGCAUACUACAUAGACAGAAAUGUGUUUGACUCAUUUGUCACUGCAGUGAGAGUGUGCGUUGGAGAUAAGUUGUGCUGAGAUAUUAUGUAUUGAUUCUGUAGAUAGAGAGAUGAAUGUUUAGAGAGUGUUUUUUGGCUUGUGAUCAUCGGCUGUGCCCGUGAUGUCAGCCAGACGUGUGUGUAUCAAAUGUAUGAGAAGGUACGAUCUAUCCAUGGCAUAUUGUCUAGGAUGUCAGGUAAUUCUUCAUUGGGCUGGUCCUUUUUGAUUUUGUUGUGCAGGCACUGGAAGUUUUGUUCUUUCAAUGUUUGUGAAGUUAGUUGGCAGCAGGAAUGGCUGUACUUCUGGAAAGUGACAGAUGGGCUUUGUACCAUUUAUCGGUGCCGAGAGGCUGUUUCUAACACAAGACAUGCUCAGAUUGUGAGCAGAAGUUGAGGAGGUGCCUCAACGUGGGUCUUCGAGAGUCAGCGAGUUACUUCUCGGAGUGUACUUAUUUUGUGAUCACAAGUAGAAUGAUAAAGUUUUCCGGCCCAUUUUCUCUGUAGCCUGACCCACGUGACUUGAGCGCGCUUCUUGCGCUUGGCAUCUUUCGAGAGGAAUAUCCCGAAUAUCAAGGUUGAGUAAGCGUGCCGUAGUGGGUUGCAUAUUUGCCCGCGGUUCACCUGAAGCCAAAUGCAAUGUUAUACUGCCCCCUAAAAAAUCUUGCACAAAACUUACACGUGUGUGCUCAACAUUGUGAAAACUGUACAAUUCUGAAACUCUUAGAAAGAUCUUGUAUACCCAUGCCAAGCUGUACUGCGGACUUCUGCCGAGGCUUUAGGUUGGCACACGCAUGCUGCCCUCUGGUUUUGUUCUGUGUUGUUUGUAAAAGUUACAGUAAGCAAGUCUGUGCAUUCUAACUGGCAAGUGUAAGCCUGCUGUAGUAACCCUUUGGCUGCCAAACCCAAGUGUGCUUACGGUUAAAACCAACAGCACAGCAAAAACAGAAUGCGAGCGACAUAGUACAAAUGCUUACCGUCAAAUCGAUCGAAAUUUAUUAUGGAAAAGGGUUUAAUAAACAACUGUUGCACCUUCAUAGCAAUGAAGUUCAUCGCUCAAGGGCAAGCUUUUUUCAAAACCACCACAAUGGCUCAUUUUCUUGACAUCAUAUGGUUUAGUAACGCAAUUAAAACACAGAAAUAUGUUUGCAAAUAGCGUGCAAAGUGUAAUUCAAUAAAAACAACGAUGGAAUGUCUGUUGCCAUCUACAUUGCAAGGUGGGCUUUUCACUAGCCAAAAUGUGGUCAUCGCUUAUGAUAAGUUGAGGUCAAGAUUCCUUAUGGGGUUGACGUGACAGUGGAUCUCGGUUAGACCAUUUAACAUAAAGAAGUAAAAAAUCUGGAAAGGCGUACAGAAAAUAAAACCAUUGUUAACCAGUACCAAAUUGUCUAGUUUUUUUCUGUGGCCAAAUUUGCUCCUUGCCAUGUUUCAAUGCACCUUACAUUUCGUCCCACUUGUUCAUUGCUCAAAAUAGGGCUUCCAAGUUUGUAGUGAGAAAAAAAAAAAUCAAUCAUGAUAAAAAAAAGGGGGGUGGGGAGUAAGUUUCUGUCAAAAAUUGUCAAGUGCAAGAUUCAUUUAGGAAAGUUAAGAUGUUUGUUCUGAUGAAAUUGAACCACUGCAAAGACCCAUAUGAGCUCGCAUAAUGCUGGCUAGUGCAAGAUGUGAUGGUUUAUGACUGUGGCUAUGUAAUGUUAUGUGGUUCAGCUGGGUUCUCUGUAUUCUUCACAGAAUGAUGGUGCUUUCUUCAAGUACAUCCCGAACAUUAAAAAUUCUUUAGGGAAUUUGCAUAAAGAGUUUGAAGCGGCAACUAUUAAUGAGUCUGUGACAGUAUUUCCAAUAUGCACGUAAACAUGGGUCAUUUACAUAGUACACCUUACAACACAGUACAGCAAGUUCCUCGCAUCAUGGACUCUGCAGGGACCUGGAAAAUAAAUUGUCAGUCGGAGGGUUAGCCGUGCCACUGAAGCCUUUGUUGCUUCCUUCAGUGUCUUCCUGGAAUUGACUGCACAAAGGCAGCGAUGAGGCGAUCGGCGAUGAGUUUCAGAAGUUUUUUUAGGGGGCUUUACUGCUAAAAAAUAUUUGUGCAUUUGGCUUAGGGUGGUACUGCUUUUGCUGGGAAAGCCAUGUAAUCUUGCAUGUUUAUUUGUUGAACCCAUUUUGAAAAGUGCCUUUGAGCACAGUAGCAGAUAGCUCCGUUACUUGAAACCACAACAUGAAAUGCAAACAAGACGGUACCGGACAAAUGACACUCUCGAAACCUACUCAAACAGAUGAGCUAUCGGCAGCAGUGGAUUGCAAAAGAACAUCCUCGUCGCCGUCACACACAUUGUUUAAUUGAAGUAUGCAGUCUACUUGUGUGUGUUUGAGUGGCCACGAUUGGGUACUUGUUUCCUAAACUAGGAGGGCGUUCUUUUGAAUGGUUGCGGAGCAUCGUUAACUUUUACAACUUGUUGUGCCACUGUAGACAAACAAAACUUGGAGCAAGUUAGGGCUGACUAGAAAUCAUUAUUUUGUUUCUGCUUUCAUCAUUUUGUGUAAUGUUGGCAUCAUUUGAGCUUGUAUGCUUAGUUUGGGGCCUACCCAAUCUUCCGGUAACUGCAUAUGCAAUGAUGCAAAAUCUCACUUGUCUAAUUAUUACUUGUAAAAGGUGCACUACUUUAUACUCUAUUGUUUGCUUUUCAUUUCUCUGUGAUAGUACUGUAGUAGAGCCUCGCUAACUUGUUUAUGAAUUAUAUGUUUUCCUAGUUAUAACAUCGCUGAAGCCCAGUACUCGUGACGUUAACGGUAUGUUGACCGCGUAGCAUGCUUUCCAGCUGCUAAGCUGUUCCCCCGAUCUGUGAAGCAUGCAUUGUAGAGGUCAUGCUGCAUUUGCAUCUGCAAGAUAACUUCUCACUGACACAUUGGGUGUGUGGCCAGGAGUAACCAUUCGGCAGCAGUGAUUUAGACUAGGGGUCUCAAACAUGCCGCCUGCAGAGCCCUUGUGUGGAGCUUGCGGACACUUGACUAUUCCAUCACCACAGAUAUCAAGUUGCCAAAGCCUUGUGCCCUUCCUUCCCAAACCACGAGCAUGCUGCGGUGUUGUCCUAGACAAGCUGCACGGUAUACAUUGACAAUGUGAAACCUGAGGCAAGUUUGAGACCUCCGAUUAGAAGAAAUUGUAGCUUGAAAAAAAAGCACUUCAGUCUUCAUCCUAAGCAAUUUAUUUCACUCAUGCCAGCAUCCUUGGCCAUGGAUGUAUUGGUACCGGCAGGUUGACACAUUAAGAUUGAAUCAAGCAGUUCAUUCUGUGGACCAAGUGUUCAUGGCUCGGCAUUGCCGAAUUGCACCAGAAGCACCCAGUCUGUGAAAUGAGUCUGUAAUUUGGUUAAUUAAGUGAACCCACUUCCCAGUGAUAACAUUGUAGGCCGAUGUGCUGGGCAACACCAUACUGUCUUGUCGGCGUUUCGUCUUGUGGUGAAUACUGCUCUUCUGCCCAUGUGAUGCUACAAAGCCGACGUGCCCACUUUCAUGACUAAGGAACCCUCUUCUCCUUGUGUGGGCAGAUUGCAGGCUUAAAAUAAAGUGCAAAUGAAUGGA